AUGGACGCCUUCUUCGUCAUUGCUUCCCCUGUGCCCGCGGAGGACACCGCUGCGUCCUCCGAGGUUGACAUCUUCGCCGACCAUGACCGGCUGGCUACUACCGGAUCCCACGGCUCGUGUAUCAUCGCCUGA